AUGGGCUGCGGCGCAUCGAAGUCUCCCUCCGUCGUGUACGUGAACGGCAGGCCAACGUUCGAGGGUGACGAGGUGGUGAAGGGGUUUGACGAGGGCAAUGGCCUCCUCUUCCGCAUCGUGAAUAACAAAAAGAGGCAGUGGGCUUACUACAACGACACCACCGAGUACGAGAUGCACGUGAAGGUGAAUUUUGGCGAGGACUGCGACAUCAGGGCUCUUGGCAAGACGCAUCUGGAGAAGUUGGAUUCAGGUGAGUACCUGGCGACAGUCGUCAUCUACCCGUGCGAGACGGAGAUGUUUAUUGAGGGCCGUGUG